ACCACUAUUUCAAAGAUAUUAAAGGAUAAGUCAAAAUGGUUAGCAGUUAUAGAAGACCAAUUAAGUUCUACAGUCUUUCAGCAUAAACAAGUAAAAUAUCCUUUAUUAGAUCAAUCAAUGAGACUCUGGGUUGAACAAAUUACCAAUAGUGAAGUGAUUCUAAUGGAAUUAAUAAUUAAAGAAAAGGUGGCUUUAUUUGCAAAUGCCUUGGAUGAAGAAACAUCUAAUAAUUCAGAACUUGAAAGUGCAAAUAAUAGUCGUAAUAAUCGUGAUAAUCAUGGUAAACAUAGUACUAGUAGGAGUAAGGGUCAUUAUGAUAGUGGUUAUGGGUAA